GUUUUCAUAAACUAGUAGAAAUCAUAUGGGGCCGCCGUCCAUUUUUAGUAUUUGUUUUGGAGCGAAAAAAUAGUAAUAUUCGGCGUCCAAUCCGAAACUAGAUGACUUCGAACAUGACACCAAUGCAACCUGUUCCAUUUCUACAGUUUCCACCAUCUCUAACUGUUUCUAUAAAUUAAGGUCCAUGGCCUGCGUCGCAAAUGCAAAUAGAAUUCACUCCAAAAGCAAAAUCCAAUCACUUCUUCGCUGCAAAGCAACACACUUCGUUUUUUUCUUUUUUUUUUGGCAAAAAUCCCUUCUUCCUGGGCUGCAAAAAGCACUUCUUGCUUUACCUUGCUGCAAAAUUAAGCGCGCAUCUCUGCUAAAAUGUGGAGUAUCGAGCUGACCGAUUUUAUUCCGGGUUUGCCUGCAGAACUGGGACUCGAGUGCCUGACUUGGUUGCCCUACACAGCUCACCCAGUUGCUUCCCGGGUCUGCCGUCCAUGGCGGACUCUCUUAGAAAGUCAAGAUUUUUACUUUCACAGGAAGAAAACCGGACGUACCUACAAAGUUGCAUGCUUGGUUCAAGCUCUUCCUCCAAAGCUUGUUGCAUCAGAAUCUGACGUACCCAAAUCCACCGAGUCACCGGCCUACGGAAUCACCGUGUUUGACCCGGCCAGUCGUUCGUGGGAUAGACUCGACCCGGUUUCUGAGUACCCAAAUGGGCUGCCCCUGUUUUGCCAAUUGGCAAGCUGUGAAGGGAAGCUUGUGGUGAUGGGCGGGUGGGACCCGGUGAGUUACGACCCGGUCACCGACGUGUUUGUGUACGACUUCACUACUUCGCAUUGGAGGAAAGCCAACGACAUGCCGUCCAAGCGCUCGUUUUUCGCUAUCGGAUCGGACGCGGGCCAGGUGUACGUGGCGGGCGGGCAUGACGAGAACAAGAACGCCUUGAAGUCCGCAUGGGUUUAUGAUGUGAGAUCGGACGAGUGGACUGAGUUGACUCCGAUGAGUCAUGAUCGGGACGAGUGUGAAGGGGUGGUGAUUGGGAGCGAGUUUUGGGUGGUUAGCGGGUACCGCACCGAGAGUCAAGGAGUGUUCGAGGGAGGUGCCGAGGUGUUGGAGUUGGGAUCACGGCAGUGGCGGCUGGUGGACGAGGCGUGGGAGGCGGGCCAUUGUCCAAGGCAUUGUGUUGGAGUAGGGGACGAUGGGAAAUUGGUGAGUUGGGGUAAGUUGGACUCGGGGUUCCGAGUUGGAACGUGCGGAGUCAUGCUUGGGGGUGGGACCCUGGUGGUGGGGUCGGAGUGCCAAGGUGCAAGUCAAGGGUUCUAUAUGGUGGAAGAAAUGAAGGGACGUCAAAAUGGUAAAUUAUAUGAGAUUAGUGUGCCUGAUGAGUUUUCUGGGUUUGUUCAAUCAGGUUGCUGCGUUGAGAUUUAGAUAUUAAUUAAUAAGGAUAAUGACACAUGAGAUGAGAGUAUAUGUAUGCUUUUAAUUUGGGUGCAAUCUUUUCUAUUUAAUGAUAAGUGUAACAUAUAGUCUCUUUGUCUUA